UAAUUUUAGAGAUUACGAGUCAAUUUCCUACAGGUCCUUAUGAAAUAAAGUACAGUGUUGCUGUGUUUCACCAGUGUUGCUUCGAAACGCACGUAAAUCUUUUGUUGUGAAACAACGAAUGAGCGAGCGAAAACGUGCAAGGAUAGCAGACAUUUUGAUUUAAUUUUUUUUUGUUUUUCGUAUCGGUAUUUAGUUGCUAAAUUCAUAUGUAAUUUUUCGCGUUUUGAAAUUACGUAUAUUUUGUUUUUACAUUAAGUACGCAUAAUUUAAUGUUGGAGAUUUCGACAAUUUCGAAAAAAUACCUGGACGCAUCCUUAUAGCAAAAUAAAGAAGCCGUAAGUGAAUUCAUAAGUUGUAUGCAAUAAAAGUUGGUGCGAAAAUAUUAUAACAAACGCUAUUAAACAUGUCUUGGGUACCAUCAACUGACUUUGAAGAGGAAAUUGUUGAUUCACAACCGGGACAUAAUUUUAUUUUUGGUCAACUGUGUGAACCAACACAACAAACUUUUUAUCCACGUCCCAAAGAACAUUUGGAGUUUGUAGCGCAACAGAAAUCUGCGAAAAAUAAACGUGAAAACACUUUGACAAACUCUCAAAAUCAUAAAUUGAAUCUUAUUGCAAGAGUGCAGCGUAUUGCUGGUACUAAACCAUUGGGUGAACAACCGACCAUCAAUGAUUGGGAUGACAAUGACAAUGUAGAACGCGAAGCGAUCGCUUUGAUGAGACAUGUUGGUCUCGGCCCUAGUUUGGAGCAACCAUUAGACGAAGUUCGCACCAUAGCCACACAUCCCAUAACGGAGGAGAUGAAAAUAAAUAGAAAUGGUCGCAAACACAUGCCAGUAUUUUUUGAUGAGAAAUUUUUUGAAUUAAAACCGCGUGUUUCCCGAUCGUCGUCAUCUUCUGGCAACAAUAGUCCUGUAAUUGAAGAUGCUACGACUAAUCUUAAUGAUUCCUGCGCGUCACAGAAGACCAGCAGCAAUGCCACAUCAAGUGAAUUAACGCAUGAUCUAUCUUCUGAUAUUCUUAAUAGUGGAUUUGAGAGUGCAAUAGAUAUUGUCGGUGAUGAGGAGAGUUUUGAGACUGCACGAGGAAGUGAUAAAGGAUACAAACCGCAAAAUUGGAGAGGAGAUGAUGUAGAAAAAAAUACACAAAAUUGGCGCAGCAACGACACAUUUAUUAAGAGUCAAUCAUGGAGGAGUACGAAAACAACAUACGCAAAUAGAAAUGUAAUUAAUAGAGAAAGUCAGAAUAAUGUAUGUAAUUGGCGUUCAAUUCAAAAGAAGUCACCUUUAUUAUGUUCACCCAAAGAAUUGUAUGAAAAGAAACGUCAAAUGAUUUAGAAACCACAGAAAACACAAAACUCAGCAUAAAUAUAAUUUUAUAAGUGGUGAAAAAUUAAAAACAAAUCGGAUUCUAACGAAAUUUGAUUGCUUACCUGUACAAAAAUUAAUUUUUAAUUGGCAAUUGUCGAAAAAAUACAUAAUAUAACUGUAGAUGUUAAAUAAAUUAACAGUACUUCAAAUUUUUAUAGUAAAAAUUACACAAAGAAAUAUCUUGGAGUGAACGUCUGUAAUAUAAAAUCUAACUGCCAAAAGUCGUAGACGUCAUUUAUAAGAAACUUACUACUGCUCGCGGGUUAAGUGUUAGAUAAUCAUAUAAAUAUAAAAGAACUAACUUCUUGAAAAGGGAACAAAAAAAAUGUAAAAUUUAACUUUAUAUGAAGUGAAGAUACUACUUAAUUGAUUGAAGAGUUAAAGGGGUAUUCUACUCUAGAAAUCAAAUUUUGGUCAGUUUUUUGAAUUUUAUUUAAAAACAAAAAAACAAAAAUAUUUUUACUACCCAUUUUUUUAUGGCGUUUUUAUUGAUAUCUUAGGAAUACAGAAAAAAAAAUUUUACAAAAAAAUAUUAAAAAUUAAAAUAAUUAGAGGGCGCAUUCUGGUGACAUUGAUCCUGACUCUCCUGGUGGACUGAAAAAAAAUCAAAAGAAAUUCUUAAUCAGUAAGGAUGCUGUUAUAGUCCCUAUGAAAAGUGGCGACUGCCUGAAAAUAAAAAUAAUUUUUUACGCUUUUUUUUGAAAUUCCUGAAUUUUUUUUUAAAUAUUAAAAACAAAAAUUUUUUACACGAUGCUGGAAGGAACGAUAAAGGAUUAUAUAAAGAAGGUUUACACAAAAUUUCAAGAAAAUCGGUUGUAUAGAAUUUGAGAUAAUGCCGGUACCGUGUGGAAAAAAGUAGUUUCGAGAAAACGCGUUUAAAGUUUUACGUAAAACGAUAUUCGCUCAACCGGUCUAGUUGCUACGUCACUAAAAUGGCUAUAACUUUGAAAAUAUUUUGAGUUUUGAAAAAUCCUUCUAGGGAGAUAUUUUUGAAUAUCAAAACUAUCGAAUUAGGAAGAAAAAAAUUUCGAUUUUUUCAAAUUUCUAGAGUAGAAUACCCCCUUAACAGUCAAAUAGCAUGUGUUCCAUUAUAUUUAACCAUAAUGUUCUAUAUCAUCAUUCGUUUCCAAAGCAAUUUAUUGAUUUAUGAUGAAAAGAAAAAUCUUCCUUGUCUGUCUAAAACUGUUAAUUUUGAAGAUAUGUAUUUUAAAUUUGCCAAUAAUAAGCAAUUUGGGAGGUUCGGUUAAUAUAUAUCAGCAACUGAACACCGGUAUCCAUACAUAUUAGAGGUAUAACUCUUUUUUGAGAUAUACAUUAGGGUGUUAAGUGUUACAUGUGUGUUGCAAAACUUCUUUCCCCAUUACACGUUAGAAUACUUUUUUCAUACCAUCGUUUUGCAACAUGCAAAACAUUGCAGAGUAAUAUAUAAAAACUUUUAUUAAUAAUAAUGAACAGUUAAAAGACCUGUCUAUAUGUAUAGUUUGGUAACUAUAAAUGUAUAUAAAUUCAAAGAUAGGGCGUAAAAGGCUGAGUGUAGCGUUUGCUGUAUGGCACGUAGCGCCGUCCUGCUGGAACCAAAUGUUAUCCAAGUCUUCCUCUUCAAUUUGCUUGAAGAAAAAUUCGGUUAACAUUGCGCGAUAUCGCUUACCAUUGGUGGUUACGGCGGUUCCUUCUUCAUUUUCGAAGAAAAAUGGGCCGGUGAUUCCACCAGACCAAAAUCCGCACCAUACAGUGAUUCGUGCUGGGUGCAUUCAUUGGCUUGUUGGCGAUUACGUGCGGGUUUUCGGUGCCCCAAAUGCGACAAUUCUGCUUGUUAACGUAACCAUCGAGGUGGAAAUGAGCCUCGUCCGAAAAGAUGAUUUGUCGGUAAAAUUGACCAUCCUCGGUCAAACGAUCUUCUGCCCAAUCUGUCAAUAUUUCCCAGUUUUCUUCUAGUGAAUAGCGACCCAUUUCGUAAAUUUUAGACUUUUUACUGAAUAUCUGUCACUUUCCGAAUGGUAUUUGACGUUUCCAAUGUCGAAAUAUACGUAUGUAUAGAUAAUUCAAAUUUAAAACGUUAGAGGCCCACCCGUUAUAAUACAUAUAAAAGUACAACACAAAAACAAAUAAUUGUAUAAUUGAGAUCCAUCGAUUUUAGAUCAACCCUACGACCUAAUAUAUGUAUAUAAGUCCUCAGAAAAGGCCAUUGCUUUUGCAAUGUAUACAUAUUAGUAAAAUAUGGUAUCCUUAAUAUUUUUACGACAAAUAAUAGUUUUACCCAAGAAGUUAAUCUGUACAACUCGAACUCAGUUAUUUGAAGGUUAUUGUUUUCUAGCAAAGUAUCUAGACCCUGUAUGAGUUAGAGCGCAAGUAGAUUGUCAUCGAAGUCUGGGAAACAAGUUGUUGCGAUAGAACUAUAGGGAGUUGGUUUAAUGGGGUAUUUUAAUCUUGUUGCAACUGUAGAAAACAUUCCUGAAAUAAUUUUCAAGAAUAUCGCCGAAAUGACAGCGACCUACGGUCUAUUGUGUCCUCCCCUAUAUCACAUAUGUUCACCAAGGUCCAGCAACCUGAACAAUUCCAGGAGCCUUCUGGGCGCGACUGAGGUGAUGUGAUCCCUGUCCACGUAGAUGGAACCUAGGGCGUUUACCCUGCUUUUGCAAAUUGCUGGGCAAUCUAGAAUCAAGUGUUCUGGGGUUUCUUUUCCAUGUGGCAGAGCCGGCAGUUUCCGCUAGAGACUAUGCCCACGUUGGACAAGUGCUUCCUGAGCCUGCAGUUCCCUGUGUAGAGCGCGAGAAGUAGUCGGAAUUCCUACUGCCAGUGCUGUUCUCUCCCCACACUAAUAUUUCUGUUCACAAAAGUACUUAUUUUCAGAAAGUUAACAUUAAAUUACUGUAAUUUAUUGAUGUUUGUACAAAAAUCAAGAUCCAAAUUGCUUUCAGAAUAUCUCAAAAACAUAUUCAAACACCAAUAAAUUUUUUAAUUUCUUUUCUAGAAUAUUUUAAGUUAGUAGACUUUGAAAUUUAUCGCUACUGUAAUUUUGUAUUAGUUUGUAUAUUAUUACAUACAAUUUUUGAAUAUUUUUAAGUUUCCUUUGUAUUAAGAAAAUAAAUAUUUGAAUUACACACACAAUUUA